AAGCCGUCAUGUAAAUCCACGUGAUCGACGCAACUGCAGCCUUGUGCACUUGAUGCAGCGGACGCUACUUCAUCGAAACAUAAUCCCAGCAUUCGUUUCACUCUGCUUGUAAUACACGAUGGUUACAUCCAUGCAAGAACACUAAUUUACCCCGAGACUACAAGACCCAGCGAACGUGCGCCUAGUCCAACGAACCCGCCGAACUUAGUGUGCCCCUUACAAUGCACCUGCUAACGCACAAUCCACACGGCAACCUCAUCGUCCAGACCUUUACGAACGAACCCUUGCCUCCAUACGCGAUACUUUCACAUACAUGGCAUGAAGAUAAUAGUCAAGAGGUCAGCUUUGACGAUCUACAGACGGGCCGGGUGCAGCAAAAGCAUGGCUAUGGCAAGAUACGAUUUUGCGAGCGGCAGGCUGUUGCGGAUGGAUUGCGGCACUUCUGGAUCGACACCUGCUGCAUCAACAAGUCGGACAAAGCGGAAGAGUCUCAGGCCAUCCAGUCUAUGUUCCGCUGGUAUCGCAAUGCAGCUCGAUGCUACGUCCACUUGUCAGACGUAUCGGUGAAGCCAAAGAGAGAUCAAGAUGUGAUCUCAUGGGAGACAGCCUUCCGUAAAAGCCGGUGGUUCACCCGUGGCUGGACACUGCAAGAACUUCUUGCGCCCAGCAAAGUAGAGUUCUUCUCAGAAGAAGAACACAAGCUAGGCGACAAGGAGACGCUCAAGGAACAGAUUCGCAGAGCUACAGGCAUCCCAAGUGCGGCGCUCGAAGGUGUUCCUCUUUCUGAGUUUACCGUCGAGGAUCGGUUCCGCUGGAAAGGAGAUCGCGAGACGACACGAGAAGAAGACGGGGCAUACUCGCUGCAAGGAAUUUUUGAUGUUAACCUAGCGCCUCUUUACGGCGAAGGCGCUGUGGGAGCAUUUGAGCGUCUCAAGCGUGCAAUCAGUCAGCUAGCACAGUGUAUUUCAGACCUCCGUGGCACGAAUCCGCGCGACGACAAGAAACGCAUUCAGGAUACAAAGGGCGGACUACUCGAAGAUGCUUAUCGCUGGAUCCUCUCCAACGAGACUUUCCGGCGCUGGCAUAGCGAUCUGCAGAGUCCACUACUAUGGAUAAAGGGUGACCCUGGCAAGGGAAAGACAAUGCUACUAUGUGGCAUUAUCAACGAGCUUGAAAAACCCGCAGCUUACACCGUCAACAUAAGCUACUUCUUCUUCCAAGCAACCGACUCGCGCAUCAACAACGCCGUAGCCGCACUCCGAGGGCUUCUAUACUUACUUGUGAUACAGCAGCCGUCGCUUAUCUCUCACGUACGCAAGCAUCAUGAUCAAGGUGGAAAGACCGUGUUCGAGGAUGCAAAUGCUUGGAUUGCCCUGACAGAGAUCUUCACAGACAUCCUACAGAGUCCCGAUCUGGAGCCGACAUUUCUAGUUGUUGAUGCACUGGAUGAGUGCGCGACCAAUCUCCCAAAACUCUUGGAUUUUCUUGUGAAAAGUUCAUCUGCGCAUUCCAAAGCCAAGUGGAUUAUAUCUAGCCGCAACCGGUUUCUUAUAGAGGAGCGACUGGAGCAGGCAGGGCGUAAAGCUCGGCUUAGUCUUGAGCUCAACGCUGAUUCAGUGUCAACGGCCGUGCGGGCGUUCAUUGGGUACAAAGUAGAUCAGCUCACCGGGCAGAAACGAUAUGACGAUCGAACUCGGCAGGCUGUGCUAGCACACCUGGAGUUAAAUGCAAACGACACCUUCCUCUGGGUAGCGCUAGUGUGCCUAGACCUCGCAGGAACAUCGAAACGACAUGUGCGGAGGAAGCUUGAAUCUAUUCCGGCCGGACUUGAUUCUCUAUACGAGCGAAUGAUGCGGCAGGUCAGUGAAUCCGACGACGCUGAAGUUUGCAAGCAGAUUCUAGGAGUGUCUUCACUGGCGUAUCGUCCGCUUAAACUAGCCGAGCUCGGGGCUCUUAGGGAGCCGCUGGAUGGCCUCGUCGAAGAUGCAGAGUCGUUAAGCGAGCUUGUCAGCCUCUGUGGCUCGUUUCUCACGCUACGAGACCGUACCAUCUACUUUGUGCAUCAGUCCGCCAAGGAUUUUCUCCUCGCCAAGGCCGCUAAUAAGGUAUUCCCUUCUGGCACAGGAGUCGCUCACCACGGCGUCUUUACAAGGUCACUUGAGAUCCUGUCUAGGACUCUUCGUCGCGAUAUAUAUAAACUGAAAGCGUUCGGGUGUCUAGUUGGGGAGGCUCAACAACCAGAUCCUGAUCCACUAGCAGCUGCACGCUACUCCUGCGUUUACUGGAUUGACCAUCUGCGUGACUCGAACCUGCUUUCUUCUAUGAGUCAUGAGGCUCUUCAACAUGGUGGCAUUGUUGAUAUCUUCUUCCGAAGCAAGUUCUUAUACUGGCUGGAGGCUCUGAGCUUGUGUGCAAGCAUACCAAAAGGUGUGGUCUCGAUGACUAAUUUGCAUCUUCUAAUACAGAACAAGCAUGAGCCAACAUCAUUUACCGAGUUCCUAUAUGAUGCACACCGAUUCUUUCUGUAUCACAAAAGUGCAAUUGAAACCAGCCCACUCCAGGCUUAUGUUUCUGCAUUACUGUUCAGUCCAUUAAAUAGCAAAGUCCGGAGGCAGUUCCAGCAUGAAGAGCCCGACUGGAUCACCGUUAAGCCAGUAAUAAGCAGUAGCUGGAGCGCGUGUAUGCAGACGCUCGAGGGCCAUAGCGGUUAUGUCAAGUCCGUGGUGUUCUCGCACGACUCGACGCGGCUGGCAUCAGCGUCAUUCGACAACACGGUCAAGAUCUGGGAUGCGAGCAGCGGAGCGUGUGUGCAGACGCUCACCGUCGGAACAUGCAUUCAGAACCUCUCAUUCGACUCUACCGGCUCGCAUCUGUAUACUGAUAUUGGCAAGAUUGCUAUCAUCUCUCCACCAAAUUCCCAACCAAUUACUAUUACAGAUCCCCAACACCCUGAUUUCUGCGAUAUAGGUGUUGAACCAGGAGGAAUAUGGAUCACUUGCAGUGGGAAAAAUGUUCUUUGGGUCCCAUCAGAGUAUCGAAGAUGGUGUUCAUUAGUGCAUGGAAACAGGGUUGGCAUUGGUACUGGAUCCGGAAAGGUGUGGUUCUGCAAUCUGACCGCUAAGGCUGACAAGUCCAUAUAGAAACUAAAAUCAAGUCACAUGGAAUUAAAUAGACAUAAAAUUAAUCAUAAGGAAUAUUCAUUCGAUUCUAAG